CCUGGAGCCCCUAUGUCGCCAAAGUGCCACCGCUUCCCAGCGAUACCAUGUCCCCACGGUGCCACCACCACCCCCCCAGUGUCACCACAGUGCCACUACCCUGUGAUGCUACUGUGUCCCCACGGUGCCACCACCACCCCCCCAGUGUCACCACAGUGCCACUACCCUGUGAUGCUACUGUGUCCCCACGGUGCCACCACCACCCCCCCAGUGUCACCACAGUGCCACUACCCUGUGAUGCUACUGUGUCCCCACGGUGCCACCACCCCCUGGAGCCCCUAUGUCGCCAAAGUGCCACCGCUUCCCAGCGAUACCAUGUCCCCACGGUGCCACCACCCCCUGGAGCCCCUAUGUCGCCAAAGUGCCACCGCUUCCCAGCGAUACCAUGUCCCCACGGUGCCACCACCACCCCCCCAGUGUCACCACAGUGCCACUACCCUGUGAUGCUACUGUGUCCCCACGGUGCCACCACCACCCCCCCAGUGUCACCACAGUGCCACUACCCUGUGAUGCUACUGUGUCCCCACGGUGCCACCACCCCCUGGAGCCCCUGUGUCGCCAAAGUGCCACCGCUUCCCAGCGAUACCAUGUCCCCACGGUGCCACCACCCCCUGGAGCCCCUGUGUCGCCAAAGUGCCACCGCUUCCCAGCGAUACCAUGUCCCCACGGUGCCACCACCCCCUGGAGCCCCUGUGUCGCCAAAGUGCCACCGCUUCCCAGCGAUACCAUGUCCCCACGGUGCCACCACCCCCUGGAGCCCCUAUGUCGCCAAAGUGCCACCGCUUCCCAGCGAUACCAUGUCCCCACGGUGCCACCACCCCCUGGAGCCCCUGUGUCGCCAAAGUGCCACCGCUUCCCAGCGAUACCAUGUCCCCACGGUGCCACCACCACCCCCCCCCGGAGUGGCUGCGUCACCAUAGUGCCACCACCCCGUGAUGCUACUGUGUCCCCACGGUGCCACCACACGCUGGUGCUACCGUGUCCCCAAAGCGCCACCAACCCCAGGUGCCACCAUCCCCCCCCCCCCAGGGUUGGCGUGUCCCCGCGGAGGGGGACGUGUCCCUUUGUCCCCGAAUCAUUAAAGACGCUGCGUCUGCACGGGGCAGACCCGGCUCCCUCCUGUCGGUGGGGUGGAGGGUUUGGGGACCCCAGAAGGGACACGGGUGGCCCCGAAAGGGACAGCGGAGGGACCUCGUGGCAGGGGGACAGAGGCCCCCCCUUCAAGAGGUGA